AUGCACAUGGCUCUCAUAGAUUACCUACCGGAAGCCAUUCGACUCGAUCGAAACCUGGGAGUGGUAAGGGCGAUAAACGGAACCUGCGUAUACUACAAAUAUACCAACUUACUCUGGUACAUCUACGGGCAUGCCACCCUGCAAGUUAAAACUAACGACGACUGGACCACUGGAAAGAUUCCUGUAAGAAGGGGCGUUAUACAGGGAGACACAAUAUCACCUAAGUUAAUUACCUUAGCUUUAGAAGACAUAUUCAAGUAUUCAAGUUUAUCGUGGGAACACAAGCGUAUCAGUAUAGAUGGGCGGCGUCUCAUCCACCUUCAAUUUGUUGAUGAUAUAAUUAUAUUCAGCAGCGACCCAAAUAAACUGGUAACAAUGAUCCAGGAAUUCAAAGAUUGA